CAUAGAUCACAGUAAAAACGAAAAUAGUUGACACCACCGCUAUGAUUUAUUUCCUGCAUCGCCUGUUAUUGUCAAGAGUUUUGUCGUAGAUGUAGAUCGGACCAAAUGCAUAGCAAGAAUACACUUAUUGUACCAGCUUGAUAUGGUUCCUGCUAAUAAUGACCGAAAGACCAGGAGUCUUAGAUCAUUUCAAAUUGGACGAUUUGAAUUUGGAUUCAAAGUUAGAUCUACCAAAGAUGAAAAUCAAAAUAUUUCGUUUGCCUGGCUACUUAUUGAUAUACUUUGAUCCGAAAAAUUGUUUGGUGAAUACACUUGAUUGAUGAACAUGCAAAAUUAUUAAUUUCAUCAGGAAACUACAAAAAUGGAAGGAGAAUUAACUUGUGGAAUUUGCUUGGAAUUUUUUGACAAUCCCCUUAUGUUACCAUGCAGUCACAAUUUCUGCAAGAAAUGCCUUGAAGGAAUCAUCAAUGCUAGACAAGGCUACCGCUUGAGACGUGGUCCAGGCGUCAACAUUGACUGUCCUCUCUGCCAGAGACACUGGUCCUUGGACAAUGGGCUAGAGGGAUUACCAGGAAACCUAACACUUGACAACAUUAUCUCGCAUUACAAGUCCAAAGGAGCAGUGCCUUACAGUGAAGCGUCAUGGAACUCUGAUUUAGAUAUUACAGAAGUAAUAUGCAAAAUGCAUGAUGAACCAAUGAUUUUUUAUUGCCUGACCUGUGAUUCUGCUGUAUGUAAAGAAUGUGCCUGCUGCAUUGAGAAAGGAUCAAAGACAUCUCAUCGCUGUACCCAAAUAAAGGAGCAUGCAUCAAACCUUCAGGCCACAAUUUCUAGUAAGCUGACGGAAGUGAAGAAAAAGGUGAUUCCUCUAAAUGAUCGUAUACAGGUGCUGGAGGACAUCAUCAGGGGAAUUGAUGCGAACCAGCAGAAGGUGGAGAAACAACUAGUGUUAGAGAUUUCCUCCCUUGUUUCCCUUCUUAACAGUCGUCAGGAGGAGCUGACACGCCUUCUUGGUAAUGACAUCCUAGACAUCCGUCGACCUGUGGAGGACCAUUUAAGGCGGUACAAGAACCUCCAGACAACCAUACAGGAACAUUUCAAAAAGCUCAGUAUGGUCAAGGGUACAAAGGACGUUAGUCUGAGGAUUAAGCUGAUGCAGGACUCUGAAAAGCAGCUGAACAGUCUGCUGUGUUUUGACCUGGCCUGGUUUUCGUCCAAUGAUAUGCCGGCAGUAGACAUGCCCUCCUGGUUACUACAGAAACACAAUAUUGAGCAGAAGAUUUCAGAAUUUAAAUGGCAAAAAAAAGGUGGGGAUGGUACCAGGCCACUGAUGCCCCUUGUGCCCUUACAGAUGCCAGUGCUUAGCCAAUCAGAACCUAUGUCAAUGGGAUUCGGCAGUCGGUGUAGCAGUGCAGAAAGAGACUCUCCAGAAUUGAUCAAAACACCAAUAGUUUCUGGAUUUGAUUCUGGAUUUAAAGUUGCCAGAGGACCACAAGAUGCUGGGAAGAAAUUUUCACCAGAAAUUGCCAAAUUACCUGUUGCCCCAGGAUUGGACUCAUUCCUUCAGCAAACAAGUGAAGCCUCCUCCUCACCGUUCGCUUUGCCUCAGUGUAGUACUAACUCAAGGACAGACACUUCCGGUACCAGUAUGUCUUUCAGUGUACCGAAAUCUAGACGUUCUGACGGCAGUGUGGAUGUCUCUUUCCCAGCAGGGGGAGGUACAAAACUUUUCAGUCUGUCGCUUUCAGGGAAAGGAGGUCCUCCCAAUGUAGUUAGAGCUCCAACAAGUGUUACCAUGACAACACAGAAGCCUGUCUCUACUACACAAACAGCAAUACCUGCAAAGCCAAUGGGUGCAAGUUCUACUUUUAAGUUUGAGAGUGUAACAGAUCCAAGUGGUGCUGCAUCAGCCGCCACAUCUGGGGCAAGACAAGGACAUACUGGUAGGAAGUACCCAACAUUAACAACCUCUGAUUUUAUACCAAGAAAAACAGUGUCAGGUAAAUCAAGCUUUGUAAUGGCACAGGAACAGCCGAUGGAGAUUGUGUCCGAGUCCAGCUCCAUGGCUAGUAGUAUUUCUGUGUCAGUCAACAGUGAUGGCCCUGGCAAUGUGUCUACUGUUACCUCUGGACUGGACAAACUUUCGUUGUCAGACGCGCAGACUGCUUUACCAUCAGUCCCAGUUAUUUCUCCCUCAAUCAACCAGAACACACCCCUUGAAGUUAAGUUUCCAGUCUUUCCAGGAAAUCCUAAUCCUUCAAAUUCCAGUUCAGGAAAUGUUUCAAGUGGAGCUAUUUCCUUUAGAGUUUCUCUUGGUCAGAGCUUGCCACCAUACUCUCCUCCAACUGUCAGCAUGACAGAACAGUCAGCAAGCCUGACUCGUUCUUCUAAUGACAAUUUUAAUACACAGUCAAAUAUUCCAAUGAAGGGAGAUAACUCAUCUAGACAAAUAGCAUGCGGAGCAUCUGGUUCAAAGACAGAAUCACCUAGUGUCACCACUUUGACAUUUGGUGUGAAACCUAAAACCAGUAGUGGCUUCAUUUUUCCUAGCAACCAAAACCUGUUGAAGCCAGUAGUUAGUGCUGCUACCAUGACAACCACUUCAGUCACAUCUGCAGUUCCUGUUUCUCAGUCUGCCACUUACAAUGCAGCACCAGGUGUGUCUGUUUCCCUGAAUUCAUCUAAUCACACUACCCGAAGAGCUAGUGCCCCUGUUGUGACAAUAGCCAGAGGAAAGAGCGAAGAGGAAACAAGGUCCGCAACUGAUGGAGGAACUUCAAACUUUGGAGAUGGUCUGCCAAAACUUUCAUCGAGGGAUUUUUCACCUUCAAGGACUGGAUCUCCACCUAGACCUGUUACCUACCGACGCAUUGUUAAACCAAAGACCAAGUUACCUCGAAAAUGACAAUUAUUUUUAAAACCUACAAUUUGUCCUAUGGAUAUUUAGUUUUUACAAUAUAGUUUUAAUUUAUUUAUCACAGUAAAUCUGUCCCAAUUGUCAAGUGCUUAGUGAACUUAGUCUGACCACCAUAUUUAAAUUUAUCCUUAAAUUAUUUGCAUCAAAAAAGAGCGUUUAGAUCUUAGUUUAUGAAAUGGUAAACUUAAAACUUUUCUCGUGAGCUUACCUAUUAAUUUUAGAUACAAAUUAAUAAUUUAGAUUUUUUUCAAUUGUGAAAAAAACUCAAAUUUGACAUCAAUGUUUUAAUUGUUUUUGUUAUAUUCAAAUGUUCAUUUUGCACAGUAGUGUGAUAUAUUUGAACAGAGAAAAUAUAGUUCAAUCAAUUCUGUCUAAAUUGUUAUUAAUGAUUUUGGAUUUCAUGUGUGACAUGUUACUUAACAAUCUUGAUUAAUUUAGCUUUAAUUUAGAUUACCAGGCUCAAGUAAAAUAUAUCUACUUCCUUAAAGAUCAAGCACAGCUAAGAUUUGUAUUACAGAUUUAAAUGUUAGGAAAACAAGAUGUGAGAGUAAGAUCUGGUUUGGAUAUAUUGUGUAACAGAGAAAGGAUUCUACAGAGUGUGUACAUAGACAACUGAUAAAAACAACAGUUCUGUAGAUAGACAACUGAUAAAAGCAACAGUUCUGUAGAUAGACAAAUGAUAAAAACAACAGUUCUGUAGAUAGACAACUGAUAAAAACACAACAGUUCUGUACAUAGACAACUGAUAAAAACAACAGUUCUAUAGAUAGAGCGCUGAUAAAAACAACAGUUCUGUAGAUAGACAACUGAUAAAAACAACAGUUCUGUAGAUAGAACGCUAACUAUCCAACAUUACUCUGACACUGUGAAGAUUGUAUAAUUUUGUUUCACCAAUAGAUUAGAUAGCAUACAAGUGAACCUAUAUUAUUAAAUUUAAUUCAAUUUAUCAAUUAACUAAGGUAUGUUAUACGCGGACAGAGAGUAAACUUGAAGAAGUGUUCCCCAUUGACAUCUGUAAGUUAGUAAAAUGGUUAAAUAGCGAUACAGGCUUGUGAUAUGGAACUAUAUCUUUGUGUCAAACAUUUUGAUGUUGAUUUUGUGUGCACUAUCAUAAAAAAAUUAACAAUGUACGUUAUAAAAAUUGGUCAGCUUGCACUAAGUCUAUUCCGUCUUUUCGUAUUGCAGAGUUAUCUGCUCUUGUG